AUGAAGUUCACGACGAAGCUGGAGCCACGGAAGUGGUUAACCGUCGAUUACUGGCGGCUCGAUACCCCGCGAGCGUCCUUUGCGACGCGCCAUGGCUGGUCGAAUGCGGACGUGGAUGUCGUUGCGCCGGACCGGCGAAUUUGGAAAGCCAUCGACUUUCUUUGGCUGUGGAUGGCAGACGGUGCCAACGUUGGCACGAUGCAGCAGGCUGGGUCCAUUGUCGCUCUUGGCCUCAGCUGGCGUGAGGCUUCUGUAGCCAUUGCUAUCGGCAACAUCAUCAUUGCUGCAGCAGUUGCUUUGAACGGAACCAUCGGCUCGAAACACCACAUUCCCUUCGCCAUUGCUUCUCGUGCUUCAAUGGGCUUUUACUUCUCGUACUUUGCCGUCGUCUCCCGUCUGGUCCUCGGCCUGAUCUACUUUGGAAUCAAUACCAAGAUCGGGGCGUCUUGCAUGCUCAUCAUGCUGCAAGCAAUCUGGCCGAGCCUCAAAACUUACCCAAACGCUCUUCCAGCGUCGGCGGGCAUUACGAGUAAUAUGAUGAUAGCGUACUUCGUCUUCUGGAUAAUUCAGUUCCCAUUGCUCAUGAUACAUCCUAGCAAGAUGCGCUGGCUAUUCUUCAUCAAAUCCGUGGUUGCGGUGAUCGCAUCUUUUGCGCUGCUCGGAUGGGCGGUUCACACCGGCGGACCAGGUCCCGUCUUUGCUCAAAAGGCCAAGAUCUUUGGUAGCACCAAGAGCUGGGCCUGGGUUUACGGCAUCAAUGUGGCUAUCAGUGGCAAGACGACCCUUGCCCUCAACAUUUCCGACAUGACUCGGUACGGGAACAAGACAUCAGUCACAUACUGGCAGCUCCUCUUCAUCCCGAUCGUGUACUGGGUGUUUUCCUUCAUCGGCAUCGUCAUUGCGUCUGCGGGACAGGCGAUCUACGGCACUCUGUACUGGGAUCCCACGGCGAUCCUCGCGCUCUGGACGAACCGCGCGGCCGCCUUCUUCUGCGCGUGCGCUUUCGGGCUCGCUACCCUAGGCACCAACAUUUCCACAAACUGCAUUGCUACCAGCAACGAUCUCGCAUUUAUCGCGCCGAGGUGGAUCAACCUCCAACGCGGAGCAGCAUUGACUGCCUUUAUCGGGGGCUGGGCCACUGCCCCUUGGAAGAUCCUGGCAAGCGCCACGAGCUUGACGACUUUCCUGAGCGGAUACAUCAUCGUCCUCGCUCCCGUUGUCGCAAUCAUGAUCGUCGACUUUUGGAUAGUCCGAGGGACGCGCCUUGACGUCCCUAUGCUUUAUCAAAACGAGGGGAUCUAUCGUUACCACUACGGUGUUAACUGGAGAGCUGUGGCCACGCUCCUCAUUGUAGUCCCGGUUAAUCUGCCAGGCUUGAUCCAUGCUAUCAAUGUCAAUAUCGACAUUGGAAACUACGCCUAUUUCUACAAGGCGUCCUGGUUGACGUCUACAUUCAUGGCAGCCGCAGUGUACUAUCUGCUGAAUCUCGUGUCGCCCCCGACUCGCACACUGGUGGACGCAGAACCUACACUUUAUGAUCCGGAAAACAUCAAAGAUCCUAAUGCCGAUGCCCAAGAUGUUGUGCCGGAGGAAAAAGGACCUGGAGAUGCCAGGGAAUGA